UUUGCCAUCGCAUUUUUUCUUACUCGGAAGCCAAUCUUCAUUUUCCAGUUUUCCUUUAUUCUUCCGGUAGGCUUUUUGUUCAUAAACAAAGAAAAUAACAACAAAAUACAAAUUUAAUACAUAAACCGAACCAUCUCUGUCUUCAAAAUUGCUCUUUCGUGAUCGAAAAUUUCAUAGACAGAACCAAUAUUGUGUGAUGAUGCGAUACAAGAAGGGAAAUUUGGUCGAAGUCUUAGAUGAAAGCGAGCCACCCUCAGGAUCUUGGCGUUGUGCAGAGAUUGUUAGUGGGAAUGGAGACGAUUAUAUUGUCAGAUACAGUACAUGUGAUACAUCUGGAGCGCUCUUUAGAUUGGCAUCUAAAAAGUUAAUUAGGCCUUGCCCGCCACUUGUAGAAUUCUCAGAGAACUGGGUUCCCGGGGAUGUGGUUGAGGUGUUUCUUAAAUACACAUGGAGAAUGGCUAGAGUGACUAAGGUGAUAGGGAAGAAGCAAGUUUUGGUCCGUUUGGUCGGGUCUCCAAAUGAAUUCAAGGUCAAGAAAUGUAACAUCCGCGUGAGGCAGUUGUGGGAGGACGGUCGGUGGGCCAGAGUUGGAAAGGGUCCAACUCAGAAGUACACUAGGAUCUCACAAUUCCGAUCUAGAGGAGCAAUAUCAAGAAUUAAUAAAGUCGAUUUGAAAUUCCAAAAACCAUAUACGGGAAUUUCAAGAACAUCAAAUAGGGGACUACCACCAUAUUCGCAUUCUUGGAUAGAAGCCAAUGUUGGAAAGGAAGGUAAAAAUUCAAGUGAAACACAUUUUACUGAAUCGGAUGGUGGCAGUAGUAUCUGCAGCUCUGUUGGUAGUUGUAGCAGUACUUCUAGCAAUCAAUUGUCAAUGGAUCCUGCGUAUGAUGAAUUGCAAAGCGUUGGUGAAUCCGUCUCGGAGUUGGAUCAAGAAAUCCAUAGGUUAGAGUUGUGUGCAUAUCGGGCGACUAUGGAGGCAUUGUUCGCUUCUGGCCCCUUGAGUUGGGAAAAGGAAACUUUGAUUACAAACCUUCGCGUUUAUCUCAACAUAUCAAAUGAUGAGCAUUUGUUGGAGUUAAGGAAUUUAAUAUCUCAUAAUGCUUCAUCAAGCUUUUCCAUUAUUAGCUGACUGCAUUUAACAGCUUUCUUCUUUUUCAUCCCUCUGUAAGCUUUUUUUCUUGUAAAAAAGAAAAAAGAAGAUUAUUAUUGAAAUUGAGCUUGUUUCAUCUAUAUUGAGUUAGCUAUGUAUCAACUUUUCAUGCAUAGUAAAAUUGUUAUUACUAUUUGUACUUGUUACGAAGAGUCUCAUAUAGGGAAAUAUUUAUAUAAGGUAUUUUUUUGGGAUGCCAGAUGCAAAUAGGAAGGUUUAGUAAUCCAUGGUUAGAUUGCUUUUAAUGGCAAAUAUGCUUUAAAUCUUUAAUCAGCAUGCAUUUGAGCUAUUAUUAGUGAUCCAAAAGUGGAUUACUAAGUCUUCCUAAACACAGUCGUCAAGCCAUAUGUGUGUGCAUGCAGUGUUUCCUAAAGUAUUUGCUCAACUUUCACGGACAGGUUUGGGGCCUGUUUGGUAAGGGGUGUUUUGUUGAAAUGGCUAAAAUUUUCGAAAGGAAAAAGCAUUUGGUGGUGUCCAUUUCCGUCAAAUGAGUAAGUCAUAAACUACUUAUUAUGUUAUGUGUGUAAGCAGUAUAAGCAUGAUACAGCAUUAUUGAAUGGAGCCUCAUCAUCUAGUGUGGCAGCAUAUUUUUACAUAAUAAUAUUGGUGCUUCCUAUAUAUUUUCCAGACCCAGGGUUCAUGGCCUGGUGGUGCUUGAGAUUUUCCCUAUAUCUCUUGAAUUCUUGAUGUAGAUGAUUUGGGGAUGUAAGCAGCAUCAGGUUAAUGUAUGAAGUAAACACUUCGCUUGAACCUUUCUCGAGUUGGAUUCAUCUCAGUUCUAUGGUAUGUCAUGUCUUGUAAAUUCUGUAAGGGAUGAACCCCAGCAGCAUUUGAAUCUAUUUCCUCCCAAAGAGCAAAGGAGAUUAUCUCUUCCCCCACCCCACCUCACACCACUGUGCAGUAAUUUACACAUCUUUAGCAACGCUGAUAGAAACAAUCCAGGUAUACAGUAAAAUCACAGAAAUUAUCAAGAACAAUCUGAGAAAUUUUAUUGAAGAACAAGAAGUACUGGCCGAAGCCCCCAAUGAGCCGAAGCCCCCCAAAAGAAAGAGAAAGUUCUCAAUCUUCCCAAGUCCCAAAAUAUGUCUCCACACCCCUCCCUCUACCAGCCCAGGCUUAUUCUAUUUAUACUCAACUUGUACACUUAUUAUUAUUAAUACUCUAUUGGGCCGGGUCCCUAACAAAAGUUUAUGAUAAUUUUAGGCGUCUCAAUUGAAUAUGUAUAACAAGUUUUGCUAAAAACUAUCACCAGCUGUCUCGCUAUGGCAUAAUGGUAUGAUACUCGUUUGUUCACUCAUGUUUUUUACUAAUGUUUGUUUAGCAUUUCUGAUUGCAUUUUCAGGUUGAUUGAUGAUGGUUGCUGUGAACAGUACCAGUGCUGCUUCCUGCUAAAUAUGGUGGCUAAUGUGCUACCCAAUCUGUCUUACCUUUCAUGAUUUUACAGCUUGUCAAAAGUUGAAUCCAGAUUUUGGAGGGUGAAACACCCUUAGCCAUGGGUUAGCUGAAUUGACUGUAAAAUAGUGAUGAGGUUUAUGUCAAAGUGAAAAUACAAAUUAUAAGCUCAUCCGGUAACACUAAAGUUGGCUGAACUUGUUGAACUUGUUGUCGAAAUGGCUUAAUUUUCUUAAUUAUGAAAUAAUAUUAAAAAU